CAUAGGGCAAACCCUGUUUAGAAAAAGUUAAAAGAAAAAAAAAUGGAAAUGCCAAGUGUCGAAAACAAAUAAGAUUGAACCUGGAUGGAUAUACGUACAGGUUCAUCUCAUCUUCCCCACACCAUAACAGAAGAAGAAAUGAAGGAGAGAAACCAGAUAGAAGCCCAACUGCAUCCAUCUCAUUAUCAUGUCCUUCACAAGCUUCCUCCUGGGGACUCCCCUUACGUUCGAGCUAAACAUGUUCAGUUAGUAGAUAAGGAUCCAGAAGGCGCCAUAGUAUUGUUUUGGAAGGCGAUAAAUGCAGGAGAUAGAGUGGACAGCGCACUGAAGGACAUGGCAGUGGUUAUGAAACAGCAGGAUAGAGCUGAAGAAGCCAUUGAAGCCAUUAAGUCUUUCAGGGACCGCUGCUCCAAGCAAGCUCAAGAAUCACUUGACAAUGUCCUCAUUGACUUGUAUAAGAAAUGUGGAAGAAUUGAAGAGCAGAUACAAUUAUUGAAACAGAAGCUUAGAAUGAUUUACCAGGGUGAGGCUUUCAAUGGAAAGCCUACUAAGACAGCACGGUCCCAUGGGAAGAAGUUCCAAGUUACUGUCAAGCAAGAGACCUCUAGAAUACUGGGAAACUUGGGUUGGGCAUACAUGCAGCAAGAGAACUAUUUAGCAGCAGAAGUGGUUUAUCGUAAAGCUCAGAUAAUCGACCCUGAUGCAAACAAGGCUUGCAACCUCUGCCAGUGUCUGAUCAAGCAAGCACGUUACAUUGAAGCUCGAUCCGUUCUUGAGGAAGUAAUACAGGGUAAACUUCCAGGAUCUGGGGAUCCCAAAUCAAGAAACCGUGUGAAGGAGCUGCUACAGGAAUUGGAGUCAGAACAGCUCAUAUCAAUAGCUUCUACUGCAAUAGGGUUGAAUGCAGAAGAUACAUUCCUAGCAGAAGGUCUUGACCAGUUGAUGAGCCAAUGGACUUCAUACAGAUCAAGGAGGCUUCCUAUAUUCGAAGAAAUCUCUUCGUUCAGAGAUCAGUUAGCCUGUUGAUUUUAUGGAUUGUUAUGCUUCCGCCAGAACCGUUUGUAUAUUGACGAGUGUGCUAGAGACAGUUUCUUUCUUCGGGAGUGCCUUUGUAACAAGGCGCCAUGUAUGUAGCCUAGUGGAACUAGGAGCAGUAACUGCUAAAUAAGCAAAACCAUAUGAAGAUUUGGACCUUAGUUGGCCUGUUUGAGUUAGUUUGGCGACUUCUGCAAGAAGAUGAUGCUAUUUAGCAUGAAGUUCACAAUAAUGAAACAAGUUUGUAGGCAGGUAAGUAGUGUCGGAAGAGCGUGGUGCAUGUGGGAUACUGCUGGCGUAUAAGAGUAAGAGUUGAACACUGGUUGGUAUGGAGAGCUGUGCCUGUUGUUGAUCCUCCUUUGGCACCAUUAUUAGUUCACCGAUGGCAGCAAAGCUGUAUGAUUUGGGAUUGCAAUGGAGAAAAUAAUGGCAUUGACUGAAUUGAUUUUUGCAAGUGAGUAUGAUUUUCAUGGUUAAUUUGCAGCUUCCAAGAAAGCAAGGCAUUUAUGAUGAAGAUGCCGAGACAAUAAAGAAUGAGCUAAAGUAGAGAAUGUAUUGUGUUUGGAGUAGGAAGGGGGAUGGAGGUCCUUUUGGCUUUUAACUCUUACCCUAUCAUAUCAUUCAACACGGGAAUGUAUAAUUGUAAACCUAAUGCCAGAAUAAGAAUAUUUUAACAUUUGUUUUU